AUGGCGGCUGGACAUAGAGCUAUCGUUAGAGAUCGUAUGUUUCUGAGGCAAGUGCCACGUCCUCGUGUUUUUCGCGAUAGGAGUAACCCUCUGGAGGACCUAAGGGAAGAGGAGAUAUUUGCUCGUUAUCGUUUCCGGCCGGAUACGAUCUACUUCAUUGUUGAUUUAUGCCAGGCAGCUGCCCGGGACACAGGCAGAUGUUUCGCCAUACCUUUGGUGUUGUGCGUUUUAAGCUAUCUGCGAUUUUUGGCCACAGGAGCUUUCCAGUUGACUGUCGGUGACACUGUCAACCUGAGCCAGCCCACAGUUAGCAGAGUUUGCCGCCAGGUUGGACAGGUGCUUUCUGCUCUUGCAGACCAGUAUAUCAGCUUCCCCUCCGGUGAUCGUGUCCGUCAAGUGAAGCAGCAGUUCGGUGCCAUGGCUGGAGCCAUUGAUAGUAACAGAUGGUAUACAGUUCCUCUUUUCUGA